AUGGAAGGAAAUGGAGACGAAAAAUUGUUUAACGAUCACGUCGAAGACAUCGGUGUUACUUUGGAAGCGGAAACCGACCACCUCGGUAGCUUAUCAAUGGCCGAUUCAUCUUCAACGAGUUUGCAAAGUGUUAUUACCAAGUUAAUACUGUCGGAACGCUUUAAGCCGUUUCGUAACGAUGUCACUGAUGAAAAUCUGUCCGACGAAGAGGAUCCAGAUGAGCUUUUGCUCAGGGUUACAGAUUCUAUGUCGGAUACUCUGUCGGUUGAACAGAGUAAUUAUUUUGCAGGAUUACGUGAGUGUGUGGGGUUGCGUAGACGGUUAGAAACCAGGAAUUCUGAAGAUACGACCACAGCCGUAUCUUCCAUCCAAGCGUCCACAUUAGAUUGUUCCAACGACCCCAGAGAAGAUUUCGACUUACCAGGUGCAAUGGCGUUUUUACAAGACGAAUUCGACGUGGUUUUGCCUAAUAUAAACGGUUCACUAGAAGCCAAAUUUUGCGAUCCUUCAUUCGACGCUAGAACCGCAGCAAUAGCAUACCUACAGGAUCUCACUAAAAAAAUGGUCACCGACUCCACCAAAAAUUAA